UGUGACUUGAGCGCAGCCUAACAAUUGCACGAUCAGUUGCUUCGCCGGUUCGUUGCAGUCGCACACGUGACGACGGAUUAUUGUUGGAGUCAUUGGCGGCCUGUCCGCUUUCAAAUAAACUCUUGGCAAGCGACUCUUGGACUCGCAAUGCAUUUUGCCUUUGUAGAAAGAGGGGGAGAGAGAGAGAGAGAUAUUCAUGCGCGAGGAUGGAUCGACCAGGGUGUUGAAGCCACACAUGCACCUUGGUGUGCGAUCGGCGCUGACGCAACCCAGGUGGCAGUAUCUUACGUAGACCCUUCUGCUGGAGCUGCCGCCAGCCAUAACCAGACACUGAACAACGAAGCUGCUCAUCAUUUCGUGUUGGCGCGGGCCGCCUCGUCGCAGGGGGGCGCCUGGGCCGAGUCGCUCCAGGACGCCUCGCUGGGCCACACGGUCGCGAGCCUGAAGGAUGUGGCGGGCGAUCUGCAGCAGGACGAGGCCCAGGAGGAUUCGGACGUGAAGAGCAUGGAGAAGCAGAUUGUCGCUCUUGUGCGGAAGAGGGACGCGGAGAAGAAGCACGCCGCGCGGAAGGCGCGGGAGCUCGCGUUCAUCCGCGCGGAGGUGAGCCGCCUCGAGGCCAAAAGCGCCGCCCGGUCCCGCGGCAGCAAAGCUGCCGCCGCCGCGGACACUGCGGCAGGUGAUUCGGCCGCGCAGGACGCCGCCGCGGCGGCCGACGGCUCCGCCGCCGGCGGGCAGGACACGAGCGACCUGGGCGAGGCG